GAGAAGAGUGACCGAAUGAUCGAACGAUCAACGCUAAGCCUCCACGGUGAUCCUCUCUCUGCCCGAUGCAAGCACGCCGGCUGAAGCCAUCCUCCCAUCCUUCUGCUGUCUGCAUACGAUGUAUUUUCGGGGAGGGAACUUUGAUUGGAGAUUCAUGCGGAGGCUUGGUCUCUCUAACGUGCUUUGGCUAAUACUUUGACUUACUGCCCCCCCACCACUUAUGCAAAGCUGCUCAAGGCAACAGAAUACCAGGGAACACAGUUGGUGGUCAGUUGGAGGAGAAGCUUUAUCAAGCAUUUCUCAAGCACUUUUCAAGCCUUCGUCAAGCAUCAUCUGACAGUCAUCGGGAUUGAAUUUACGACAGACUUUCGCUACAUCAAUUUUAAGGCGCGAGCGACACUUACACCUUCCUUCUGGAAGGCUUCUAGCGUCAUACUCAGGGCGAUCUUCUCUUCCUGUCAUCUCUGCACAGCACAUCUCAGCCUCACUGCUAUGGCGUAACAUCGUUGCAUUCCAUUACAUACUGACUACCUACGUUUGCACAGUUUUCAUCUCGUGAAUGCGAUUGACUAAGCUACCAUAUAUAUGGUCGGUUAAUUUCCUUGUCCCCUUCUUACAUCCAUCUUUCCUUUACCAACUCCAUUGCACACAAUUACCACAACCAAUCAUCAAGCUAUAAGUCCCAGAAGUCCGCCUCUAAAACGCAAUACUUCUUUCUUCCGAUGAAGUAGAGGCACAUCCAUCACACUAUGCCUUUUCUCAAUAAAUUACUCCAUAAGGGAGACCGAGAAAAAUCCCCCGAGAAAAACGUCCCUUCCGCUCAUGUCGAGCACAUCCCUUCACAAUCGUCUCCAACUUCCCCAACCAUAGUAAACGAAGCACCGCCAGGUUACACAGCUGCCGAUGGUCCCGCUGAAACGGAUCUGGCUGCGGCCUUUGCCAAUCUCAAUGUCUCGCAAUCAGAUAUUCCUGCUUUCCCAAAUGAAGAUCUGUGUCUUGCACACCUCAAAUUAUUGAAGACUUUCCAUAAUCUCAAAGAAGAUGUCGGCUAUGCCGAUGGACUAUUUGGUCUAUGGGAUGCGCGUUGCGAACUUCCAGUUGUCGAGAACCGUGACAAAGCAUCGGUAGCGAUGCGAGAAAAGAGAUGGUCUCUGUACAUUGCGAGAGCAGUGGAGAGGUUUGAGGAUUGGUGGCUGAAGGUAUUGUGUGAGCAAGAGUAUGCCACAAGGUUGCAACAAAAGGACAUGACGAUGCCCUCGGAUUUUAUCGAUUUUCCGAAGAAGGGUGUAGCUAAGGCUUGGAGCACGUCAAUGUUGCCCCCCAUAGAUGUUCUCAUGGUAUGGCAUUCAUUGAUGCUCAACCCUCGAAACUACCUAGAAGAUUGUAUGCGUUUCGGUUUGAAAGAUCUGUGGGCAACAGGCAUGCCCUGGCAUGCUGUUAACACAGCCAUUGAUACCAACUUCAAUUAUCAAGUACCAGACGCAGCCAAAGAAAGAUUCACGAAUGCCACAGGGCAUCAUUGGAGCAAUGCCAAUGAUCAUCCAGCAAAGACACUAAAUUGUCCACGGUGUUCUCAGUUGUUGGAGAUUCCGUGGACUACAUGCGCUGCAAAUGAAAAGCCAUCGCUGAAAGAAAUUAUGGAGAUGAAUGGUAUGGGUUAUGGAGAUCGAGAUUUGUCACACAUUUGCCAUAAAUGCAAUGGCCAAAUCAAUCAUGAUCUCUUGCGAGUUGCCAAAUUUAAGAGAGAUGUUGAAAAUCUGAUCAUGAGAGACUAUCCUCUAGGGGGCACAAUUUUAUCUCCUAGUACUGGCAUUCCAGAUGCCCCAGAUAAAAAGCAUGGUGGUUCCUGGCACCAAAAUUCAUUCCCCAAUCGUAUGAUUACUGUUGGGCUUAAGGUAAAAAUGCUAGAAUUAAUUGAUAGAAACCCCGACACAAAGCCCGCUAUGACUGAUGUUAGGGAUCUUAUCGAGGAAACAUUCAAGAGCAAAUCAGCCCUAAAGAAAAUCAACAAUGGGAGGAGCACCUUAUUACGAGGAGAGUGCCUUUCUGUUCGAAAGAUGAUGUCGAGAUAUUGGCAAAAUUCUUCAAUCUUCGCGCUUGAACUUGGAGGGGCUGUGAUUCGUCAGAGUGUCUUUGUCGAUAAAAUGGCCAAUCUUGACUGGCUUCAUUCCCCGGCUGCUCGAGAAACGAUGGGUCGAUUACUUACAAAGUAUCAAAGAUUCAUAGAUAUCAUGCGUCUCCAUCCAAAAGAGGUUUGUGUUCCAACCUUGGACGUUGAUUUGGCUUGGCAUACUCAUCAACUAUCGCCCAAACAAUACUACGAUUUUACGUUCUCAAAAUGCCUGAAAUUCAUAGAUCAUGAUGAUAAGAUGGAAGAAGAUGCUCUCUCUACUGCCUUCGAAUGGACAAGUAAGACCUAUGAGAGACUCUACAGGCAAGUGUAUUCUGAAUGCACUUGUUGGUAUUGCGAGGCGAUUCGUUCCAAGCACAUUGAUUCGUCAAGCCGUAUGUUCGGAACCUCCAAACACGAAAAAGUUCUGGACACUUUUUAUACAUCCGGAGCAGCAAGACAAUGUGACCCCAACAAUAGCGCACACAUCAGCGCGCACUCCGCUGUUCGCGUCGAAGAGUCCGAAACCCGUGCUUUGGUUUUCGAUAGACUUAGCCGAAGAAAUAAAUCCGAAAUGAAUCACGCUUAUGACAAAGCUCGUCAAAGAGCUGAACAGAAGGGAAGAACUAUCCCUCCCAGAGAUGAUUAUUAUUACACGGCUUGGGGCUAUCCAUAUAUGAUGUAUGGACCGUACAUGAGUCCGAUGUACGUCGGUGCUCCGAUUUACUAUGCCGGAGACCCGUGCGUGAUGCCUGUUGGUGCGGGUAUGGCCGGAGCUUGUGCAGCUGGAUCUUGUGGAGGUACAGUUGCAGCUGGUGGAUGUGGCGGCGCUGGUGGAUGUGGUGGAUGUGGUGGAGGUGGUUGUGCAGGUGGUGCAGUGGGAGGAAGUGGUGGCGGAUGUGCAGGAGGCGGAGGAGGCGGGGGUUGCGGUGGAGGGGGAGGGGGAGGGGGUGGUGGUUGUGGCGGUGGUGGUGGAGGGUGUUGAACAGCCUUUUUCUACUUGGCCAGUAAUCGAAAUGCGAUGAAAUUCACUUAUGGUGUAAUGAUGGGCUUGGUUUUGGGAUAUGAAAUACUCUUAUACUGUUAUUUUCUUGACCCGCUUCUUUGUGCAUUCUUUGUUUUCCUCUCCAUUUCUAUAUUGCUUCAGACUAGGUAGUUUUAUUAAUAUAACUACUAAUAAAGACACUCAUUUCUACCUUGAAUUA